AUUUUUCGGACAACUGCACCCGACUCUGAUUAUCCAAGGUCGAUAUAACGCAUAGAGUAAUUACUCUAUGAUAAAACGGGACAGCACUGUUGUAAUACUAUAAGCUAAAGUAAAUGGCAUUAAAUCGUGCAUGGUAUCACAUAAAACGUAAUUUUAUUUCUGCAACAUUUCCCAUAAUUUCGUUUUCUACUAUUUACGCCGAUUACACCCAUACAUUAAACUGGAAAAAAACACAGAACACAAAAGCUUAAAGUUUAUUCUAUAAUGGCAGCCAAACAUGCAUUAUUUGGUUUAACCUGGGACUAUUUCAUAGUAGCUAUCCCACUAUCAGUUGGUGCUCUUUUUGGCAAAUUUUUAGAUGACAAAGAAACGGAAAGGAUGACAUUAUUUAGGGAUAAAAGCGCAUUAUAUGGUGGAAUGGUAAAGGAUGGAGAAAAACCUUCUUGGCCAUAAAUAUUAGCAAUUUUAUAAUAAUGUGUGAUUAAGUAAUCAUUACAGAUUAAUUCCAUAAAAUGUAAUAGAAACAUUUUUACUAAAAUAAUUUUCAAUAUAAUCUAAAAUGUUUAUUUUAUUAAUUAUUAAGAACAAUAUACCUAAAAACCAAGUAGUUGUGUUUAAAAUGUAA